AUAUUUAAAAGGUUUAUGUGUGUGUGUGUGUGUUGUGUUUAUAGAUAUUAAAAUACAAUUGUAAAUACUUUAUAAUUUAAAGAAAUAUAAAUUAUUCGUAAAGAAAAUGUCGAAACCGAUCAUAUUUGUAACGGGCAAUGCCAAGAAGUUAGAGGAAGUUAUACAAAUCUUAGGUGCUGACUUCCCAAGACAACUCGUUAGCAAAAAGCUGGAUCUACCUGAAUUACAAGGCGAAAUAAACGAAAUAUCAGUACUAAAAGCGAAAGAAGCUCACAGACAGGUACGGGGACCUGUAUUCGUAGAAGACACGGCUUUAUGCUUUGAUGCUCUUAAGGGUUUGCCAGGACCUUACAUAAAGUGGUUUUUGGAGAAAUUGGGCCCGGAGGGUUUACCAAAACUGUUAGAGGGGUUCGAUGAUAAGUCAGCUCAAGCCGUUUGUACGUUUGCCUAUCACCCGGGAGGUGAAAAUGACGAAGUAAUUUUAUUCCAAGGUAAGACGGACGGACGGAUUGUUAAUCCUCGAGGACCCAGAGAUUUCGGAUGGGAUCCGUGCUUUCAGCCUGUUGGGUACGAAGUUACGUAUGCCGAGAUGCCCAAGGCAGAGAAGAAUAAAAUAUCGCAUAGGUACAAGGCGUUGGAUUUACUCAGGAGUUAUUUUUUACAAACGAGUUAAUUUUAGCCACAAUUUGAUAUUAUAGGGUUAUGUAUAUACCUAAUUUAUAAGUAUGAACAAAAUAUGUAAGGUAUUGUAGUUUUAUUUGUUUCGCAAAAUAUAGAAUUGUUUCUA